UUCAGCAACUGAUUUAAGUGGUGGCCAUGACCAAAUUGUCUCCAAAAAAUAUAACACUUUAUUUCCAGCCAUGAACAAGCAUCGAUUUUCUUCUCGACGGACACCAUCAUUUUCUUCCUCCUCCUCAUCAUCCUUCUCCUCGUGUUCUUCAUCUUUUUUAUCAUCGUCAUCCUGUAAUCCUGAUCAUCAUGAUCCUUCUCCUCUUAGUCCGGCCACCCCACUUCGAUUUUCCGGCGUCCCAUUUUCUUGGGAACAUUUUCCCGGAAUCCCAAAGAAACUAAACAGCAGCAAGAAGGAAUUAUAUUCCUCAUUGAAGCGUCUCCCACUGCCUCCUCCCACCACUACCACUAAAAGUACACAAAAACCCUCGAAAAAGUUCAUCUUGGAUAACAUUGGGGUCAAUGUGAGGCACAAAAACCCUAGGGGACAUUCUAGUGAUUUUGCAAAGGAUCCUUUCUUUGCUGCAAUGGUUGAGUGUUCUAAAGAUGCUCAUGAUGACGAUGAAGAAGAAGAAGAAGAAGAAGAAGAAUCAAAUGCUAGCUUUUCAAGUGGUGCCAAGGUCUCAAGGAGUUCAAGUGAGAGGUUCGGAUUUGUCAAUCUUUAUACAUCUUGUAAGAGAACUUGUGCAGUUUCUGGAUCCAUCAUACAUCUUCCAAGGCCAAGUAGAACUUCUUAUGAUCUGAUCAAUCGCCUAUCCCGAUAAGUUUAUGAUCCUUACAAGUUUAAUUUCCUUUUUUUUUUUUUUAAUAUAAAAGUUUCUUUGGCCUUUGAGCAUGUAAGUCUGAAAAUAGAAUAUAUAUAUAUAUAUAUAAGUAAGGAACAGUGCUGGAUUUCUCUGUUCAAUGUAUGAU